UAUCCUGCCUAAUGUAUAGGUCGUUUUUGUGUUUUAUUAACAUAAUCCUAACCUGUUAAAACUUCCGAUAGGCGUUUUAAUACAAUAUAGCAUAAACAUAUUAAAAAUGAGCCCGUGAGGAAAGGUUUCAUUACUUUAAUAAGUGUCUGCGUCACUAUCUGAUAUUGAAUGUGUGUAUUCAUCUUGUUAGUUUAGUGUUAGCUUAGGUAAUGAAUCAGUAGCAAUAGUGAUAAGGUGAAAAUGGCUGCUGGGAAGAUGUGCACCAGGAGCAAGGAGGAAACUGCCGAGUGGAUAGGAUUGUUCCUGAAUGACUUGAAAACGGAGCAGGAGUCUCUCGUUUUUGUCAAGAGGAUGAUGGCGGUGGCGGUGUCCUCCAUCACCUACCUCAGAGGGAUCUUUCCAGAAGAUGCCUACAGGUCCAGAUAUUUGGAAGAUUUGUGCAUCAAAGUUUUGCGUGAAGACAGCAACACUCCAGGUGCCAGCAAGGUUGUGAAAUGGAUGAUGGGCUGCUUUGAUGCUUUAGAGAAGCAGUAUCUCCAGGUUGUUUUCAUUGGGGUGUACACCAAUCCAGAUGAACCUAAUUGCAUUAUCGAGUCGUACCAGUUCAAAUAUAAAUACACUGAGAAGGGGCCUGAGAUGAACAUACUCAGGAACAACGAUGUGGAGAUGCAGGUGACAUUGGAGGACACCAAAAAAGCCUCAGUGCUGCUCAUCAGGAAGCUCUUCCUGCUCAUGCAAAACCUGGAAGCCCUCCCCAACAACGUGUACAUCACCAUGAAACUCUACUAUUAUGAUGACAUCACCCCGGCCGACUACCAGCCCCCAGGCUUCAAAGAGGGCGAAUGUGAUAGCCUGUGGUUCGAAGGCAUGGCCGUGCACUUCAAGGUGGGUGAGGUGCAGACGGCGUUCCACACCUUGCUAGUGCGCGUGUCAGCCGAACAAAGCCGGCUGGAGAAGCUUCAAGACGGGAAUCACCUGAGGGACAGCAAGAAGGAUUCUCUGAGACAUCCUGCAGAGAGCGAGACCAUCGAGGACCCUCUUAAGAAAACAUACGACGAAGAGGAUCUGCCUUCUGAAGAUGAGUCUGCUGCACAGUUCAAGAAACCUAAAAAACCCAUGGCAAAGAGAAACGCAGCUACCAGAAAUCUGUCGCGGAAGAAGAGGAUUUAGCCACAACAUCAAACAAUACAAUAAGCUGUCAGCAAUGAACACACAAACAUAAAAUAAUUCUUCAUUUUAUUGCAAUGUUAACACUGUUU